AUGGCAAGUGGUAGACCAAGAGAGUACCACAUAAAAGCAAUAGCCCUAUUGGACUUGGGGAGACAUGAUGAAAACACUGAAGAAAUUGUUGAAUUGUUUGUCGAUGAGGCCGAAGAAAAUACCAGCACUUCUGUUGAAGAAAAAGAUGACGAAGUUGACGAAACAGCUACCCUUCCCUCGUCUUCUAAGUUACAUUAUAACUGUAUGCAAGAUAAACUCUCGUCGAUUGAGUUACGCACUUUGAAGCAUGAGUUUCGAACCACAAAGGAUGAAUUGGCAAAGGUAGCCAGUUCAAAUCGAGCGCUUAGAAAGAGAGUGCGUGACUUGGAAGAGAUGGUACAGAAGGAAUCUUUGAAACAUGAGAAAGAGUGUCAACAAAAUAAAAAGUGUGAGGAGGAUUUCAACAAGACCCUCGCUUCAAUGGAACACUAUUUUAAGCUGGAGAUAAAGGAGUUGAAAAAACGAAAUGGUGGGUUGAAUGAACAUGAUGAAGGACAUGACGAAGUCGAUAGUCCUCAUAUCAAUGAAGGAGGCAACAAUGACAUGUCGCCUUUACAUGAAUAUAUUACUCCAACUACAGAAUCGGUAGAAAUGGAAGCACCAGUCCCCCGUGAUGGAGCCGAAACCUUCACAGCCAUGGAUGUCCAAAAGGUAGAAAUGGGCACUUUAGUUAUUGACAAACAAGUGCAACAAGAAACUGAGUAG